UCCAGUAAAGUUGAAGAAUGUACAAAGAAAGGCGAGCUUAAUGAGUCCCAGCGAUCUUUUGAGCAUGGACAGGAGAAACAUCGAGACCAUUAAAAAAAAUGGAUCUACAAUCAGGCUGUUACGUGGGGCUAUUACUGACAACACUGGUACUAUCAAGGUAAGAUUCUGGGAUCCCUACUGCGAUCUUCAAAGUGGCAGAGCUUACAGUUUUGCAAAUUUGAAAGUGCGUCAAUACAGUGAACACAAGUACCUGACUACAGCUCCGUCCACCGUAGCCGAUGAGAUAGACGAAGAAUUUCCAGUUCCUGAUGAAGAUGAAUUGAACGAUGUCACCACUAUCAGAGUAGAAGGAUUUAAGAUGAUCAACAAUUACGCUACUUGGUACACGUGUCUGAACUGUUCAAAACAUGUUACAGACGUACCUACUUUGAAGUCGGCAAAGUGCAAUAAUUGCAAGGCGAUUAUGCUUUUAGAAGCGUGCCCUAAGAUGAUGAGCGUAAAAGUGGCGAUUUGUGAUCCAAGUAAUGAAGAAUCUUAUCUUUGGUUGACUAUAUUCCGGGAUGUUCUGACGCAGAUGAUUCCUCCAGCCAUUCGGAAGAUGAGGUAGUAGAACGCCUUCUUGAC